AUAUCCUGGUGUGCCAGGACUGUUUGUGGCAGCAGCAUAUAGUGGCACAUUAAGUACAGUCUCCUCCAGUGUAAAUGCUUUGGCUGCAGUAACUAUUGCAGAUCUGAUUCGGCCGUACUUCAGUCUGUCAGAAAGGCAACUGUCCUGGUCUUCAAAGGGCAUAAGUGAGUGCAUAUCUUCACAUUAAUGCAUGAACAGUGAUACUACCUACUUAACUAGAUGAUAUUCCCUAAACACAGGUUUGUUUUAUGGUGCCGUGUGCAUCGGAAUGGCUGGUGUUGCAUCUUUAAUGGGAGGGAUGCUACAGGCUGCUAUUAGUAUCGCAGGAGUGGCUGGCGGACCUCUACUGGGCCUUUUUUCUCUUGGCAUCCUGUUUCCUUGCGCUAAUGCAAAGGGAGGUUUGGCAGGGCUGGUGUCUGGUUUGGCUCUGUCACUGUGGGUGUGCAUCGGGGCACAGAUAUACCCUCCACUACCAGAGAACAGCAGACCGCUGGCUCUGAUGACACACGGCUGUAACUUCUCAGGUGGCACUAACUGGACUGCAAACAUAGACGACUUCAUACUGAAAGAGCAAAGGCCUUUCCUGGCUGAUAACUGGUACUCACUCUCAUACCUGUACUUCGGCCCACUGGGGACUGUGACGGUCAUCACCGUGGGUUUUAUUGUCAGCAUACUUUCAGGCGGCAGACAGAUGAAAGUGCAGUCUGGGCUUACACUAUCAAAAGAAGACCUCACCUUCUACAAAGCCUACAAUGUACUCAAAGCAAAAGUUUCCAGUAGCGCAGGAAAUUUUGACCUGGUGCAGGAGCUGGAGAAAUCCUUUGGAAAAACCAACUUUGCUUUCUGUGAUGUAGAGAUGUCUACACAAAGACCUGCUUAGAACAUCAUAAAACUUAAAUGUAU